AUGAACACCAACGACAGUGACGACGAGUUCUUUCGAGAGACACAUUAUGCACGUUACGGCUAUGAUAGAACAAAUAUCUAUGGAUUGGCAGUUCUCGAUUCACGGAAACCAACAUGCUUGGAUCGCGCAGAGGAAUUUCCUUCCCAUCGAUUUGAAAGCUUCCCGUCAACAACAACCCACAACAAACCCGAUCCACUAAAGAAACCUGUUCGUCACCUUAUCGCGGCUUCGUCUUCUGAAAUGGUUGGCAUGGCAUCGCGCGAUGGAUAUUGGAAUAGUCUUCAUAUGGGUCUUGGGCUUACCAUGGGCCGACACGAAAUGAUUGCCAUGGAUGCUGUGGAGGAAGGGGAUCGUAUCCUGGUGGCCGUAGCUAUUGCAGAGAAAGAGCCCAAUGAUACAUUUCAAUACUCCCUUCGGAUCUUUAGCAGCACAGCACCCUAUCUAGAGCAAGCGUUGAUCGACAUUGCAGAUACCCGACAAGUGAUACCCUUAUCAAGUGCACCUAUGCAUUUGACUCAUACUUGGAGCAAGGAACAACAUCAGCUCAUGUUUUUACUCACGGCAUUGGAUGGGCGGAUACACAUGUAUAUGGCACAAGACGACAACAUUUUCAAGCAAGUCGAAGAUGUGGGAUCUUAUUAUCCAAUGAUGGCAGAAAUAUGCGAGCAUCGUUUAAAGAUUCUCUUCAUGCAUAUCUAUGAUCGACCUAAUGGCCAACAAGUGAUCUGCGCUGGCGGGCAAAAUGGGGAUGUGAUACUGGCGAUCUAUGACCAAGAUGGAAAUCAAGUAGCGUAUCACACCACCCGUGUAUUCAGUCCCAUUACAUCCGUGCUUGUAUUCCAGCAACGCGUCUCCAAUACGGUACAUCCAGAGGACGAGCUUCAUAUUGUGGUGACGUGUGCCAUCGAAUUGGCUAUUGUAUACAGAUCAAUCGAGAACAAUGGAUUAAGCAAGAGUCGUGUGCUACCACAAUCCGGGAAUUAUGACAGCGUAAUGUGCUCUCAUGCUAUGGACGUUGACUGGGAUGGUGAGCGUGAAAUCAUGAUUGGUACCUAUGGCCGGCAAGUUUUGAUUUACAAGCAAGUGGCAGGAACACAAGAAUACAAUGUGCUUUGGAGACGACAAUUUGCAUAUCCAAUCUAUCGCAUCUCCCAUUUGGAUCUCAACCGUGAUGGGCUGGACGAGUUGAUUGUCUCGACCAUGUACGGGGUCCAUGUCUUUCAGCCAAAUAUGAAGAGAGCGCGAGAACGAUUGCUAGAGGUGCUGCAGUACGUGGAAGGAAACAAACGACGCAUCUACGAGCUUGUAUUGGAAUGGAGGCAUCAAAAGGAAAUGGAGAAAGCUAUUGUGUUCGAGUCACAGUGA